AUGUCGCCAAACUGGACACAUCUCGUGCGUUUCUUGGCCGAGGAAGAUGGUCAGAUCCAUCUGGGGCAGGUGGACGCAAAGAAAUGGCCAGAUGUUGGCCUUGCACUCCACGAGGGCAGCAAGAUUACAGCCAAGCUGGUCGAGGGCAGCGUCUUCGAUGGUGUGGUGACGGACAAGACUAUGACCAUUACGCAGCUUCUUGCCCCCUUGCGGAUAGAUGAGGUGCCAAUCAUCCGCUGCCUGGGACUCAACUACCGCGAUCACGCAAAGGAAGCCAACAUGCCCAUUCCCGAUGUCCCCGUUCUCUUUAUAAAGCCUCGAACGGCCCUGAAUGGCCCAGCCCCGGCGAAGAUCAACAUCCCCAAAUUUGCUCAGGACGGGUCUAGCGACUACGAGGCAGAGCUAUCGUUCGUCAUCUCCAAGACUGGGCGAGACAUCCCCAAAGAGAAGGCGUUGGAGUACGUGCUGGGAUAUACGUGCAGCAACGACGUCAGCGCGCGCACGCAGCAGUUCAAGAACAGCCAGUGGUGCUUCUCAAAAGGACUCGACGGCUCUUGUCCGAUCGGCCCAGUUCUGGUUGCGCCAUCGGCUCUCAAAGACCCCCACAAGCUUCGGAUCAGGGCCAUUCUGAAUGGCAAGACGGUGCAAGACUCCAAUACUAGCGAGAUGAUCUUCGACAUCGCGGAAACCAUCUCGUUCCUCUCGCAAGGUACGACGCUGGAGCGCGGAACCAUCAUCAUGACGGGCACUGGGCCGGGGAUUGGGGCGAUGCGCAAUCCAAAGAUCGCGCUGCAGGCGCAAGACGACAUGAGGGUGGAAAUCGAGCAGAUCGGCACACUGAUCAACACUGUCUACUUUGACGAUCGCGAGUUCCCUCGAUGUCGCGUCUGCGAGCAAACGGCCCAACGGCAGAAGAAGUGUUACCGAAGGCAUCAAUUGCCAAAGACGGACCAGCAAGACAACCGCUCUAGCUUCCUGGACGAUGGUGGUGCAGGACACUACUCAGAUGGGGCCGGAAGCGACGGCGAAGACAUAUCAUCCCUUUCAUGUCGAAAAAGACAAGACAGGAGCGAAUGGAGCCAGGAUCGCCGGAAUUCUCGACUCAACAUUAGCGAUCUCUCCUUUAUUCUCCACCCGGCUCAUGAAGCCUCGUCACCGGAUAAGGAGCCGCCUUCAGGGUUGAGAAGGGAUGGCGGUCCGGUUCGGGAAAACCAAUCUCUCAUCCAGCAGGCCUGCUACACGAUCGGCCUAUCUCAUACCACCUUAGAACAUAUGGUCCGUAUCUACUUCAAGAACAUGGUUGCCAUUAGCCUGUUCCACGAACCGUCUUUUCCUCAGAAGCUGCGCAGCAUAGACUCCCCAGUGCAGAUCUCCGCACUGCUGGCAGCUCUCGUUGGAUUCGCUGCCCGAUUCUAUCCUUCGGAAACGGACCUCGUGGCGGCGGAGGGGGACCAUGUCGCCGACCCAGAGCAUUUUCAGGCAAUGGCUUUGAAGCUUAUCGACGAGGCACUCGCAUGCUGUGGCGACGAGGCACCACCCAUGUGCGUCGUCCAGGCACUCAUUGUGGCAACACACUGUCAGCUCACCCGAGGAGUGCACGGGAGGGCGUGGAGGUCGCUCGGCAUGUGCGUGCGCUUAGCAUACGAGCUAAAUCUGCACUUGGUGGACGCCCGAGGGGCGGUUCAGGCCACUACUCGGGAAGAUUCGCGCAAGUGGCGCGACGAGGAGGAGAAGCGGCGAGCGUGGUGGGCUAUCUGGGAGAUGGAUGUCUUCGCCAGCACCGUCCGGCGCACCCCAACCGCUGUGGACUGGGCCCAGAUGGAGAUCCUGCUGCCCGCGGACGACGCCGACUGGUUCCACGACCGCCCGGCACGGAGCUCAUUCAUGGAGCGGGACCCGGUCAGGCGGUGGAAGGUCCUCCAGGACUCGGGGAACGGGUCGCCUUGGGCUUGGUUUCUGGUCAUCAACUCGCUGAUGAAAGACGCGCAGGUCAUUUCGAGCCCCCGUGGCGUGCCGUCCCAGUCGGACCAAAAGUCUCGGCAGCAGUACAAUCGCCGCAAGGGCAAUUCUUCCCAUCUCAUCGGUCCAGUCGAAGAAGCGCGUCAGAAGCUGGAGAUUCUCGCCAACGCAGUGCAGUGCUUUGUGCUUGCGCUGCCUGCGCACCUUGAGUAUCGCAACCAAUACCUGAGCUUCGACGGCGCUGUAGCCGCCCCCGGCCGGAUAGAAUCGCUGCAACAUCUCCAUAGCGGCAUCCACAACAUCUUCAUGAUGACCCAGCUCGCCAGGCUCAUGAUCUACCGGUACCAUCUAUUUGGCGCCCAUGCCCACUCCCCUCAGUCCGGCGGCCUGACAGGACUGUCCAACAGCCCAGACGAUGCUGUGGGACAAAGUUUGCCUGGAUUUAACGACCUAGGCAACUCGUCAGUGCGACAAUACUUUGAAGCUGCAGACAACAUCCUGAUGAUUGUCAGUCGCAGCUGCGAGGACCACAUCCGGUACAUCAAUCCUUUCCUACCGAGCACUAUCUGGCUGGCAGCCGCUGUGCAGCUGGUCCGGAAAUACGUCAAACCUCCAGCCAGCGAUCCCGGCCUCACCCAGUCACGAUUUGACGUCCUGUAUUUGACCUACAAGCGAUGCGCAAACUUGGAGAUGCUGGAGAUGCAACUCCAAGCUCACUAUCACCAGCACCCUGAGCAAGGCGAACACGUUCACCCGCCGCCCGAGACCAUUGGGGUUCCCCCAGGCCAAAAUGCUAGGACGUACCCGGGCCGGAAUCUCCCCAGAUCCACCUCCAACGGCCGAACAGGUGGACUGCUUGACUCAACCACCCAAUGGGCACAGACAAGCAGAAACCAGUAUCCCGAGACGCAGUAUCAGUCAUUGAAUCUGUCACACAGCGAGCUAGGGACGGCGGCUGCAGCCAACAACGCGGCCCUUGAUUUUAUGCGGUUGCCAGCACGCGCAGAAAGGAACUACGUACUUGAAUCAGAUUCCAUCUCCACAACACUCUCACCCACAAUGAUCUCGCCACUUGACGACUCUUCUGCUUCUCUCGCAGCACAUAUAGGGGAUAUUCAGCCACACCAUAUAGAUUGGCACAAUAUGGACCUCCCGGUUGACAUCCAAGCCCUGUUAUCUGGAAUGUCAACUUACUAG